AUGAAAGAGAGCAAUGUGGUGCACAUUGCCGCUCCUGUCACUGUCGUCGGCGAUAUCCACGGCCAGUUCUACGAUCUGAUCGAGAUUUUCAAGAUUGGUGGUUUCUGCCCUAAUACUAAUUACCUAUUCCUCGGCGACUACGUCGACCGCGGCCUCUUCAGCGUCGAGACGAUCUCCCUCCUCGUCUGCCUCAAACUCCGCUACCCCCACCGCGUCCACCUCAUCCGCGGCAACCACGAAUCCCGCGGCGUCACCCAGUCCUAUGGCUUCUACACAGAAUGUGCCCGCAAAUACGGCAACGCCAACGUCUGGCACUACUUCACCGACAUGUUCGACUUUCUCACGCUCAGCGUCGUGAUCAACGACCAGAUCUUUUGCGUUCACGGCGGUCUCUCGCCAUCCAUCCAUUCCAUCGACCAGAUCAAAAUUAUCGAUCGGUUUCGAGAGAUCCCACAUGAAGGGCCCAUGGCCGAUCUCGUCUGGUCCGAUCCGGAUACGGAACAUGACGAGUUCUCUUUGUCUCCUCGUGGUGCGGGAUAUACUUUUGGGGCGCAGGUGGUGAAGAAAUUUCUCGAGAUAAAUAAUAUGUCCCAUAUACUUCGGGCGCAUCAGCUAUGUCAGGAGGGCUACCAGAUCCUUUAUGACGACCGACUGAGCACGGUAUGGAGCGCUCCCAAUUAUUGCUACCGGUGCGGGAACCUAGCCAGUGUCCUAGAAGUCAGUGACACGGGCGAGCGGUACUUUAAUAUUUUCGAUGCGGCGCCGGAAAACAACGAUAUCCAUCGGAGCGAGCAACAGGCGCAGCAGGGAAAGAAUGGACCGAGUCCAGUAAUUGAAUACUUCUUAUGA